AUGAAUUCAAACAAAAAACGUUUAAAUAUUGACGCAAAUGAAACUAGUUCAAAAAACAAUACGUGUAUCCCAUGGUAUGGGUUUGAUAAAUAUUUCAAAUAUGUUGAAGAAAGUGAUGAAAAUAUUAAAGUAUUAUGCUUAUUAUGUUUGCCAUCCAGAAAAACUAAAAGCACUUCCAAAAAAUCAUCCACGAAUUUAAAACGAUUUAUGAAGAAAGUUCAUACAUAUAAGUAUGCAGAGUUCCUUGCUGAUACAGAUGUAGAAAAAAAACCGAAUUGUGUACAAAAUGAUGAGGAUACAGUUACAAAAAAUCUACUGAUAAAUGAUAAAUCGAGCAAUCUCAUACAGACUACAUUUAACAGAAUAGGUACUGGAAAUGAAAUAAUUACACAAAAACAACUGGACUCAGCAAUAAUUAAAUUUGUAGUUCAAGAUACACAGCCAAUUAAUAUUGUUGACAAGCCAGUAUUUUUGAAUUUAAUUAGAUUGGGACUUCCAAAAACAUUAACUGUUAUGUGUUCAAAAACAUUAAAAACUCGAUUAAACUCUGCAGCUAAUGCAAUGGUAGAUAAUAUUACUAAAACACUGUCAAAUAUUGAAUAUAUAUCAGAAACUGCAGAUUGUUGGACCCAAGGUAAAAAAUCUUACCUUGGCAUAACAGCCCAUUGGAUUAAUAUAACAACGUUAGUUAGAGAAGGAGCAUCAUUAGUUUGCACAGUGAUAAAAGGUCGACAUACUUUUGAUGUAAUAGCACAAGAAAUAUAUAAUAUAAACAAAAAGUACAAAAUUCAAAAUAAAGUAACCAGUACUACAACUGAUAAUGGUAGCAAUUUUGUAAAAGCAUUUAGGGUUUUUGGAAUUGAUAAAAAUUAUGAGGAAAACUUAUUCGAUGAAGAUCAGAAUAGAGAUGAAGAAUUAGAGCUAAUUGAUUUAAAUGGUAUAUUUGAAAAUGCUGAAAUUGAUACAGAAACUGAAUAUGUAAAUGAAGUUAGUUUGUCCGCUCACAGACGAUGUGUGAGUCAUACUUUGAACUUGGUCGCAACUAAUGAUGUUGAAAAAUGGUUUAAUGAAAAUGAAAGAAAGGCUGAUGUUCUUCAACUCAAAAAGCUCUACAGAAAACUCUUUGCAAAGCUAACAAAACUUUGGUCAAAACAAAAUCAGUCGACGAUUGUGGCAGAAAACAUUCAUGAAUUACUUAAUGUGUAUUUGAGAGUACCUAAUAAAACAAGAUGGAAUUCUACAUAUGAUGCAUUAAUUCAAUUAAGAGGAAUUAUAAAUGGACCUGGUGGCUUAGAAAAAUUGAACCAAGUCAUGGAUUUUAAUACAUUACCGAGAAUAUUAAACGAAGAAGCUGUAUUCAUAAAUGAAUUUUGUGAUAUAUUUGGACCAAUCGCAGAGUCCUUAGAUUUCUUACAAGGUGAAAAAGCCAUGUAUAUGGGAUAUCUGCUACCGACUUUACAUGCUUUGGAGAAAAAAAUUAAAAAUAGACAAUGUAAACCUAUGACACGUUGUACACUUCUAUUAGAAGCUGUUUUAAGAUCAUUAAAAAAAAGAUUUGAUCACAUAUGGAUGGAAAAAGAAUUAGUAAUUGUUGCAUGUCUUAUUCCAAGAUUUAAACUAAAUUGGCUAGAAGGUGACGAAAAAUUGAAUGCUGAAUUAUUUUUAAAAACUGAGUUUUUAUGUUCUGAAAAUCAAGUAUCUGAUGAAUAA